AUGGCGCUCUUUGGGACGCAGAACCAGCAGCCUUCGACUACCUCGUUGUUCGGCCAGUCAACAAACCAGACACAGCAGAGUGGAAGCAUUUUUGGCGCACCGCAGCAACAGCAGCAUCAGCAGGGGAACUCUCUUUUCGGACAAUCAUUCCCGCAGAAACCACAGAAUGGCUUGUUUGGUUGCAUUGAUCAACAGCAAAAGCCAAGCCCAUUUUCUGGAUUUGGCACCACAGCACAGCAACAGCCGCAACAGCAAAGUGGAGGGUUCACGCUUGGUUCUACCCAGCAACAGCCCCAAAACCAACAAAAUGCGAGCCCUUUCAUAGGAUUUGGCGCCACCCAGCAACAGCAGCAACAGCCUCAAACGCAGACGGGGAAACCAUUUUCUGGGUUUGGUUCUGUCUCGCAGCAGCAGCAGCAACAACAGCCCCAGCUAGGCCAGACUCUAGGAUUCUCACAAGCUGCUGGCUCAACGAUAUGGACUCCAGGUCAAGGGAUGACGGGCGUCCACCGAACCGUACCUAUGCAAAUUAUGAUUGUAAAGGACAAAUGGGACGCAACAAGUCGAUCGUCUCCAUUCCGUGGAUAUCUCUACAACAACGUGGGUGAAGAAUCUGCACCAUUCUUCCAGCCAGGCCCCAACGAUGACGAGAACAAGUGGGAGGAGGCAUUGAGGAAACGCCCGGGACCUGGAUAUGUCCCUGUUCUUGUACAAGGAUUUUGGGAGCUAGGGAAGCGUACACAAAGACAAAAAGACUUUUUAUCGAUGAUGCAGACGCGACUACACGAAAUAAACAAUGCUUUGACAGAGUUAUUGUCGCGACAUGACUUGACUAUUUCGGUUAAAAUAGCAGCAUGUCGACGCAAACACAAAGUGUUGAGCCAAAGGUGCCUUGCCCUGGCAUCAAAGACACAGUUGUUGCGAAAUCGUGGGUAUGCCAUGGACCAGGCCGAGGAAGAAUUAGCAAAGAAGCUUUUCCAACUAGAGCGGGCGGUUUUCGACCCGUCCCUUAAUGGCAGGUCGGAAGAGAUUUGGGCCAGGAUGUUGGCCAUCAGGGAGAACUCAAAGCGCCUCCAGCUCGAAAUAGAGCGUAUAGGGAAUGAUACAUCCAGCCAGGCGGAUGAUACUCUUGACGACACAGCUCUCAAAACAGCCAAAAAGAUCCUUGAGGACUACGCCACUCAGAUCCAACAUCUCAACAAGGAACUUGCUGCCGUUCAAAAGGAUUUUGGGAACUUGGAGUUGUCAAUACCCUCUUGA